AUGGCAUUGGAUAUGGGUGAACUAAAGAUGGGUAGAGGGUUGAAUCAAGAACUUGGUCUUGUUAAAGCCGGUGAUACUCGUUGGGGAUCUCACUACAAGUCAUUUGGAAACUUUAUUAGUAGCUUUGACUCUAUUGUUGAUGUACUUGAUACUCUUGUUGAAAAUGCAAAACUUAAUGAUCGUUUCAAUGAGGUGACAAGUGAUUUGCUUAAUGGAGUAUCUUGCUUGAAUCCAAUUGAUUCAUUUUCUAGUUUUGACAUAAAGAAGAUAAUGAGAAUGACUGAAUUAUAUCCUGAUGAUUUUGAUGGGUCCAACAUAAGAGCUCUUAAGAAUCAACUUGUUAAUUACAUUAUUGAUGUUCGUGAUAUUGAUGAAAGGUUCUCCAAUUUGGGUGGACUUGGAGAACUUUCAAGAAAGUUGGUUGAGACAAAGAAGCAUUUAACCUAUUCUCUCGUAUUUCUUUUAGUAAAGUUUGCUUUGCUUCUACCUGUUGCCACUGCUACAGUUGAAAGAGCUUUUUCGGCAAUGAAGAUUAUCAAGAAUGACUUGCGAAAUCGAAUAGAUGAUGAAUUCUUAGAUGGUUGCAUAGUGUCUUAUGUAUAG